AUACGUUACAUGAAUGUUGCUUGUUCCUUCACAUAACAUUCUUGAUGAGAUUCUGAAUGCAAGUGUUUUGAUAAAAGACAUUUCCAGCUUCAGAUAGAGAAUCUGCAAAUUAUUUUUCCACUUUUUCCUUCCUCUUCAACCAAAGUUUAUUGGAAAUUUGUCGUUGAAAUUUGAAUGAUAAACAGUACCAGAGAUAUGUAGCAACGAACUGUACCUGAUAACACGUCAUGUCCGUCGUCGCCCUCGUCACAUCUCCCUUCACUGAUCUCAGCUUCCCAGGGAUGCGAUGAAUAUUUUGGAGCGCCUGUUAUGGCCCGGCGCACAGAUGGGGACCAGACGUCUCUCCCUCGUCAGCCUCACGAGUCCAGCCAAUCCUCAGCUCGACCCUCGACCGUCCCAACGACGCCGGUUGCCUCAUCAUCUCUUCAAAAAUCUCAAUCAAAAAGAACGCAAGGCGAAAAGUUUAAAGAACCGUCAAAGAAGUCGUCUCCACAAACGCCAUCGCGCGCGACAUCGUCGUCACCGAUGCGGGUCGCGUAUGACGCGGUUGAGUCGGACAUUCUGAUCGUCUCUGCACGCAAGAUGGAGAGUCGGAUUGACAUGACUCCUUCGUCGAGCGCCUCUCCGCAAAACGCCCAUGCAUGGAAAAGAAAGAAAAGACGGACCAACAGCGAGAUUGUAUCUGCACCGAUUGGCAGAGUUAAAUAUAUUGGGGAAGGAACUACAUGCAGUCAGAGUUUAAUAUCAGGCUUGAUUAGCAUAGCAUUGACAUUAUUUUUAAGCGUUCCGAUAUCGCUCCUAGUCUUACUGACCUUGCCAAUGGCGGUAUUGGUCAAAACACUCGGAACUGCAUGUUUUCAUCCAAGAUUGCCCUCGUGUGGCAGUCAUGAGUAUUUAUCAGCUCAUGAUGCCCACUUCUUCACGCAGCCUCAGCAGUCAGUGCUGCAUAGCGUUCUCAUCGUGGAUGGGAUGCUGCCGCUGGCGCGCGUCAGACAAGUUGUGUCGGCUCGAGUUCUUGAUGCCAAGAAUGGCUCCGGGGAGUUGCUCUACCCAAGAUUUACCAGUAGAGUUGUGAAGUUGCCGCUGGGGCAUGUGUGGCUUCCUGAUAGGGCAUUUCAAGUGCAUCAUCAUAUCUACUUGGGGCCAAGAUUAAAGUCUAAGAAAGAACUACAAAACUAUGUAUCCGAAAUCGUCUCGAAACCCCUUCCUUUGGAACGGCCUUUAUGGGAAAUCAUUGUGGUAGGAGGUGGAGACCACGAUGGAGUCAGGGAUACCGUCCUCGUGUGCCGCGUGCAUCCUUGUAUCGGUGACGGCAUCUCACUCAUGAGGAUUCUAUGCCAAGCCUUAUCAGACAAUCACGUGCCUCAUUUACCGCCCAAACCACACUUUGGAGCCACCACUUAUGCAACAAGUGUAAUGCAGGCUUUCUUUUCCGCCCCUCUUUUGCUCAUCAAGUGGCUAUGGUGGUGGCCCAGAGAACAUAAUCUACUCACAGACUCUCACCAUUUCGUUAAGAAGUCAUCGUAUCCCAAUCGGAUCUCCAAUUCCAUCCCACACGCAUACUCUCAUAAUCGAGCAAAUCACACUUAUAAGUACCAGCACAACCAUCACCCACCGCAGCCACUUGAGGAUAUCCGCUUGCACUUCCAAAAGAGAGGCUCUUCGGCAGUCUGCGAUGGUCACGUCGUACGAUGGAGCGCCGGAGUUUCUCUGGCAAAAGUCACGCGAGUAAAACUCGUGAUGAGAACUUGCCUGAACGACGUGUUGCUGGCCGCCCUCGCCGGCGCCCUCAGGAGAGUCAUGCAGAAACGUGGCCUCGCCAACCCUCCCGACAUCAUGGCGAGCGUUGCGGUUGACCUGCGUUCUCGGCCGCCGUCGUUCAGCCGCGUGCGGUUGGGGGUGCGGGCGUCGUACGCGCCCGUGCAGCUGCCGCUCGAGUGCGACGCUGCCGUGCCUAGACUCUGGAGAAUCAAAGCCUUCACUGAGACGCUGAAGGCUGGUUGCGAGAGCGUGGUGUGGUGGCUGGUGGCUUGGGUCGCUCACUGGGCGCUACCGAGAGGCUGGGCGACGCGCCUCCUCGCCUCACUAGCCUCACGAGGGUCUCUGCUUUACGCCUCUUUACCAGGGCCUCACAACGCGCUUCAAGUUGCAGGGUACUCCGUGAAGCACGUGUACACGGCCGUGCCACCCACUCACUGGCCCGUGACCGUGUCCGUGGUCACGUACGCUAACCAGGUGCACAUCAGCUGCACGGUGCGCCGCGACGUCUUCAGGUGCACUGCCCUCGCCAAGUCCAUUCUCAAGUACACAGAGCGGCAGAUUUAUGGACCUCACCCAGACCUGAGUAUCAACAGCCUCAAGUCGACAUGUGUCCCUUGUCGCGCUGCAGCAGCAUUAACAACCUGUAGUGUCAUCAUUGCAUUAAUGUAUUAUCCAAUUACAGAAACUCAAUGCACAUUAUUGUUUAUUGUUGUCACACUGCCCAAGCACGGCAGUUCAAAAUGCGCUCCUGAAUUACUGUAUGCCUUUUUACAGCUGCAAGCAAAACUUUCGGCCGUCCAGCACGAGCUUCACGCUGUGACGGUUGAGUUCGAGCAGAUCGACAAAAACCCCGCAAAGGCGUCUGUGGCUGAAGGAGCGGCGACAGGCGUGUCAGGGGGCCCUGCCCCUCGGGAGGAGCUAGCGACGCGCGUGCAGCUGCUGAAAGAGGAGUUCACGGUGCUGCUGUCGGAGAUCCGACGGCGGCGCAGCGUUGGUGAUGACGCCACAACGGGCGGUCUGCAGGUUUCCGAAGACGGAGAAUUGCGGAGAUUUCGCAAGCGAUCGUUGACGAACGCAUCGGCAAAGAUGUCGGUCUCUGCGGAGACCUCGUGCACCGCUCGUCCUUUAACAGCACCAAAUUCCACCUCCAACGCCCCGGGGUCAUCAUCCAGCACCGGCAUGAGAGAUGAAACUAUAUUUAAUGUAUCACUGCAACCGUCUUCUCUAACAUCGAAAACAAGUGCAAUAUCGUGCGAUGUUGUUGUGAAUCCAAAUUCAAUUGUUAAAUCGACAUUAUUGACUUCAAAUGAGCCUUUAUGCUCUUCCGAGGCCAGCGCUGAUGAUGCAGGGGCUCAUCAACUCUGCAAUAACAUUUCUUCACUCGACAGGAAAAAUCCUAGCGCUAAACAUGAGACAGGCAAUAGCUGUGAUAAUCAAAUUUUUUCCCAAAUUUUACAAACCUCUAAUUCCUGUAAGCCUUCGUAUUCGUCCGGUAUAGUGGGAGGUAUUCUAAAAACUCCGGUGCUGGAUCGCGAAUCAAGAGAUAGAUUAUCUAGUCUCUGUCAUGCGUCCGGCAAAACGAAUUUAUCAACUUCAGGGUGCGCUUCUAGCUCUACUUCGAUCGUGACUUGGAGAGAUCAGGCCGUGAACGGAAAGUGCUCAUCGUUAAUUCUUGAGAAUAAUUCCCCUGAAUUUAGAUUGAAUAAUAAUUCGGCACUGACCGGUGCGCGCACUGCACCACACUCUCUAGCCAACUCUUCUGCAUCACUUGCAAAUUCAGAGCAACAGGAACAGGGUGACGCCCCGGCCGAGCGUUGCAACAGCACUGGCAAGAGACCGACCCAGCCAAAUUUGAGCCAAGAACCGAACAGUAACCUGCAGCGGCCCAAGUCCCAAGGCAAUUUAUUCCAGCAGGUUAAUUUGGCCAACUCGAGCUGCGUGCUCCAUCCUAUAGCUUGCGUGCCAACCUCCUCCAGCAACAGCACUUCCGUCAUAUCGAAGGCCAUGCAGCGACCGGCCUCCGUCCCGCCAAGGACCAUUCAUCCUUCCUUGCGCUCCCACUUCGCAAUCGAGAAGUCGCACGGAAUACAGCCAAGCAGUGCCGUUGUACGGCCAUCAGUGCCUGCCCACAAGAAAGUCUCAACUCAACAAUACGAGCAAAAAUAUCCACAACAACCACCACAUCAGCCACCUCAUCAGCCAUCACUUCAACCACAACCAUCACAUCACCAGCGUCAGCCACUUCAGACACGUCAGCCAAUUACUACACCGCUUCUCAGUAGACGGGAAGUCUCGAAGCAGAGUUACCAGCGACUCAACGAACAACCAAAGAUGAAAUCUCCUUCGAAAAAAUUUGAAACAGAUAUCAUGUGACCAGGGAUUUCCUUUUAUGAUGAAGUCUUCACAAUGCUACGUAGUGCAGUUUAUGAUGAAGAAGAUUUAAAAUGUAAAUUUUGGUCAAUAUAAUAAACUCAUAAAAAAUUAAAAUGUCAAUCAAGAAAUUUAAAAUACAUUCCAUCUCAAACCAUUCCAGCUAUGAUUAUAAUUUUAUAAAUGUUGAGGUAUUUAUCAGUCAGUGUAGAAUAAGUGAAUAACAAAUUUGUUUAGUGAUAAGAAUACGAGUUUGAAUGCCAGAUGUUAUGCACCGACAUGCGCUGAAGAAAGUAUGUAAGUGGGCUAUAUAGACGCACCGGGUGAAAUUUAAUAAUGCAUUUAAACUCCUUUGCAAGAAUUAUCGUUGACCAUUCAAGCAUAUAGACUCGACAUUGAAUCGUUCGUGAUCUAACGAAGAAUUUAGUUAUAUCACAUAUUUAGUUAUCAUCAAUCACAUACUUUUAUUACAGUUUUAAUUAAUUUACUGGUAAUUGUGAUCAAAAAUUACAUUCUAGCAGACGUCUUCAGCCGAUCGAGGCUCAAUAAAUCAUUUACAAUGGAACCUAAAUUUCUUAUUACUUUUAUGAAUUCAUUCUAAAAAUAUUUUAUUAAUCUCCGUUAAAUUAAUUAUAACAUUUUCAACGUGAAUUUUGAGGAAAUCGUUGGAAAAACUGACGCAAAAUGAAAUGAAGAUUAGGUAUGAAACUAAACUCACAGCGUUGGGCGCGAAAAAAGUUUCAUUUUACAAUAAUUAUUUUACUGUUAUGAGACAUUUUUUAGAAAUAUCUUUUGAAUCUUCACCAUAAACGUAAGUUUUAGCAUUACAGUAAAUUUUAAUGUUACAGUUUCGAUGGGAGUGAUAGGAAAUUGGAGCUUUAAAAUUGCGGUGUUUUUGUUAUCAAUUUUUCAUCUCAUGAAUAAUUCUAUGUAUACCGUCAUUCAUAGUCCAGAGGAUGCCGGUAUUCAUACUACGCAGGAUGCCGGUAUUCAUGCUAAGACGAAAUGAGUCGGAAUGUCAUGCGAUACCAAAGUGUUAAAACAUCCCCAGCAUCGAGAUGGUGAUGGUGUGAUAUUAUUUAAUAUUAAUGAAUAUAAUAUGUCGGUAUCUGUGUAUCAUGUUACGCGUGAUUACCUGUUGUGCUACAAAACAUAAUUAUUGCUCUCUACGCUAUAUCAUGAGUGCACAGUUCGAACAUGUACAUAAUGUGAGGGUAUACUUGCUCAUGCUAAUUAAAUAAAU